AUGAUGUUUCUGCGAAACAUCCUUCCCCAUCUUGCUGCCGUGCUGGUCCCAUAAAAUUCAUUCACAUCUAUUAUCCCACCUCAAGAACAGAGACCUAUCUCCAAAUCUGUUGAAAGGAACUUCCCUCUAUACUUCUUCGACUACUAUCUGUACGUACAUGUAUGUCUAGUAUUUAUGUUAAGAAAAUAUUUGGGUAAUUUGGUGGGUUCAAAUUUUGGAUCAGUUAAAAGCAAGAAUCUUUGUUGACAUCAGAAAGUUGCAGUGAUACUAUGGUCAAGCAUUGUAUGUCAUUACAUUGAGGGAAAUUGCCUGGGUUAGACGAUAUGGUAUCUAUCGAGGAAAAGGUCGACCUUGAAUCUGAUGAGGAGACACCAUUGAACUCAACUCAGCCAACAAACAAAAGGCAAUCUUUCAAUUUUGAGGCAAAUCAUGUCAUUUCUCCCUCGAAAGUUUCCUCUUCAUCUGUCCUUAGAAAGAUACAGCGGAUCAGUCUGUUUAGGAGUAUUUAUGUUGUUUUAUUCAAAGCAAAGAUAAACGUUUUGCUUCCAUUUGGGCCGAUUGCAAUAACGCUGCACUAUCUUAGCAAGAAACAUGGGUUUGUCUUCUUCUUCAGCUUAGUGGGUAUUACGCCCUUGGCGGAGCGUCUGGGUUAUGCGACUGAACAGCUUGCAUUCUAUACGGGACCUACAGUUGGAGGCCUUCUAAACGCAACCUUUGGCAACGCUACGGAGAUGAUAAUUUCGAUAUAUGCGUUGAAGAAUGGUAUGAUGAGGGUCGUUCAGCAGUCAUUACUGGGUUCCAUCUUGUCCAAUAUGCUGUUGGUGCUUGGAUGUGCCUUCUUCUGUGGUGGGGUGGUUCAUAAACAUAAAAUACAGAAUUUCAAUAAGGCAGCUGCUCUGGUGAACUCAGGAUUGCUAUUAAUGGCCGUCAUGGGUUUAUUAUUUCCAGCAGUUCUGCACUUUACUCAUACAGAAGUGCAUAAAGGCAAGUCAGAGCUAGCUCUUUCACGAUUUAGCAGCUGCAUAAUGCUGAUUGCAUAUGCAAGCUAUCUUUUCUUUCAGCUCAAGAGUCAAACAAAUCUUUAUAGUUCUGUUGAUGAGCCGAGGGAGAAUAAUGAAGAAGAUUCUGUAGAAGAUGAGGCCCCUGAGAUUACCCAGUGGGAAGCAAUUGGGUGGCUUGCUAUGCUGACACUGUCCAUAUCAGUUUUGUCUGGGUAUCUAGUUGAUGCCAUACAGGGAGCAUCUGAAGCGAUGAACAUGCCAGUGGCUUUUAUAAGUGUUAUUUUGCUUCCAAUUGUGGGUAAUGCUGCAGAACAUGCAAGUGCUAUCAUGUUUGCCAUGAAGGACAAGCUUGAUAUCACACUUGGAGUUGCAAUUGGAUCAUCUACCCAAAUAUCAAUGUUUGUGAUACCAUUCUGUGUAAUUGUUGGAUGGAUAAUGGGGAAGCCUAUGGACUUGAAUUUCCAACUCUUCGAAACUGCUACACUAUUUAUCACAGUGUUAGUGGUGGCUUUUAUGCUUCAGGAAGGAAAAUCAAACUAUUUUAAAGGUUUGAUGCUUAUUCUAUGCUAUCUCAUUGUUGCUGCAAGUUUCUUUGUGCACGUCGAUCCAUCAAACGAUGAUGACUAAGAUUGGAGAAGGAAGGCUGUUGUUUUAUAAGUGUGGGUUGGCUCAACAAACAGCUAGAGCUGUGACAUUCCCUCUAUAAACAAAACCGUCUUUGUAAAACUUCGGCCCUAUGGAAUGUACAGGAAAGAUUGAGGGAGAAGAUUAUCAUUGCCAGCAGAAGCGCAAUUUUUUGAAGCCCAUAUCCUUGAGCCGGUAGAUUUUGAGUCUCGUAUAUUCAUCUUUGUUAUAUGUUGUUUGAUCCAAACCGACAUUCACCAGCAUUAUAGAAAGCUGUUUUUUUGGUUCUUGAUACGAAAAAGAAGGUAGGUUGGACGCAAAGUAAAUUGGAGCUUGUAAUCUUUGAUAUCUUUGUUCAUUCUUUAAGAAUUAUUUUGUUAUGAAAUGCAUUCCUGUUGUUCA